AAACUUCCAAGCCUACCCGGAGUAUCUUUAGCUCCACCUGGUGGUCAGCCCAGAGAUCUGCAGGCAAGAUGGCGGCGCCCGUACGGAGGUUGUGCAGUUCAGUGCUGAGACACUCCAGCAAACAUUUCAGCACAACGUGUGGAGUACAAGCUGGGGAGAAAUGGAGGUUGGAACAUGGACUUGCCAGAAAUGGAUCAGAGUAUGGACCUCUGACAGAUCUGCCUGAUUGGUCUUAUGCAGAUGGGCGGCCAGCGCCCCCAUUAAAGGGCCAGCUGAGAAGAAAGCAGGAGAGAGAAGUUUUAGCUAGGCGUAUCGUGAUGCUGAGCUCAGAGGUGGACAGAGGAAUCGAGGCCUGGAAGGAGAAGCAGGAUGAGGCUAAAAGAUUAGAGGAGCACAAAAAAUCCCUUUUACUCAAACCUAAAGGGAAACUUUUAUUGAAACAGAAAUCCAAGAGCUAGGAGCAAAUGAUCGUAAUUUCAUUUCCUGAACUUGCUACUUACUUCCUGUUGAUGAUGCUGGAGUGACAGCCUGUAUGCUGCCCGGGUGGAUCAUUAUUAAUAUACUUGUCCAAACAUUUGGCUCUUUAUCCACUUAAUUUCUUGAAUUUCAAUGAAAUAAAUGUUUCUGGAUUCUAUUAA